AUGGGCGAUUCUGAAUCAAGUGACGAGGAAGAGAGAGUUUUUGUGAGAAGACCAAGAAUAUUUAGGGAACGAAUUUCCUAUUUUUAUAUAGAAGAUACUUAUGAAUUUAAUGAACGAUUUAGGUUACCUAGUGCGAAGUUCUACGUAAUUUUAAACAGAAUAGAACAACAACUAGCCCACGAUACAAGGCGAAAUUACGCGUUAACGCCGAAACAGCAACUAAUGGUUGCUUUACAUUGGCUUGGAAGUGGCAUGCAGUAUCACAGUGCAGGAGAUAUGCAUGGCAUCUCAAAAGCUACAGUAUGCCGUAUAGUUCACAAAGUUGUUCUAUCUAUUAACAGAACCAUGCUUAGAGAAACCGUUUGUUGGCCCGAUGAUAUUGGAAGAGUUAUGUAUCAAUUUAAACAAAUUGCUGGUAUGCCGCUUGUUUGUGGAGCAGUUGAUGGAACACUUAUUAAAGUUGAUGCACCUAGUUUACAUGAACCAGCUUUUGUUGAUCGCCAUGGAAACCACUCUUUAAAUAUUAUGCUUGUUUGUGGUCCUUCGUUAAAAUUUUACUACGUUUCCGCUAACUGGCCUGGUAGCGAUCUGUAUUGCUGGGAGACUCCAUUUAUCCACUUAAAUCAUGGCCUGUUCCACCUGUUUUACGAAAUGACGGUGACGCUUCGCAAAUGCGAUUUCUAA